AUGAUUACAACUAUUGAUACCAAUAAUCUUAGUACAGAUAACAAUUCAAAAUGUAAGAUUAUGGGUUAUAAGGGUACUUUGAUAGAAAUACUGGAAGAGGAUUUAUUUGCUGGGAAUUCUCAAGAAAUUGCACUGAAUAAUAUUUAUGACAAUUGUUAUUGUGAGGAUAAUAAUAAUUAUGAUGAUGAUGAUGAUGAUGAUGAUGAUGAUAAUAAAAUUAAUAAAACCAAUAAUCUAGAUGUCCCCAAUCCUACUACUACUACUGCGGACACUAAUAAUUUCUGUAUCAAAGAAACUACCUACGAAGUUACAAGUGAUGACGAUGAGAAAGAUGAGAGGGAUGAAAAAUACUAUGCUACUAAACAGGAUUCUAAGUACGUAUUUAAUUACAACAUAGAAAAUAAUGAAGCUACUGAUAUAACACAAACGCUAGGCAUGAACUACAAAAUUAAUAUCCCUAGAAAUGAUAUAAAUGAGUUCCAACAGCUACAUAAUAAAACUGAAGCCAUUCAGGAUUGUCAUUGUUUGGGAUUAUUUUUAAAUAUUGAAUGUGGUGGAUCCAAAGAUAUCGCUUUUAAUAAUGUUAAUAGUGAGUUCUAUUUUUUAGUCAAAAAAUAUUGUUCUGCUUCUUCGCCGUAUGCUCAAAAGAAUGGUUACCAUUAUUGUCAUAAUCAAGCCAACAGGUAUCCACAAAGUAUUGAAAUCAGAUAUGCAGAUCUCCUUAAUAAUUACUUUCCUACAAUAAAUAUGGAUCAUUCUAUUUCCAGAGUACUUGCAAAUAACAACGUUUUGGAGCUGAUGGAAUCUAGAUUGGAUUUAUCAUUGAUGACAAAACUAUGGAAUGUUUUCGAGACAAGUUGCAAUGUCGAUGAAUUGACUGUUGUAAUGACAUAUUUACUUUUCAUUUAUAGAUCUCAUUUUUCAAUUGAUUGUUAUUAUUUUAUUAAAAGGAAGAUGUUGGAUGAAUUCUCCAAAAUUAUAAUAAAACUGGAAAAAGUUUCACACUAUUAUGUUUUUCAAUUAGAAAUUUUAUUGAUACGGGAUUGUAUUUUAUAUGGAUUACCUGCUGAAUAUAAUAUUAAGGAUUUUAUUAAGAUUUUGAAUGGUUUGUUAUUGGAUUUGCUACCAAAAUUGAAUGAUGUAAAUAAGAAAAAUGUUGUCUUAAAAUAUUCCUGUCAUAUUAUCAAAUACAUUAGAAUGCAGGACUUUGUCAAAAAUUUUAAAAGUUUGCUUCCAAUAUUAUCUUUUUUUAAGGACUGCAACACUGAUGCAAACUCUAUAAACAAUAAAGAUGAACUGGAAGAAACAAAGUUGGUCAAGCUUAUUAUAUUAAUCAGUGUUUUCAAAUAUUACGUUUUAUUUUGUCGUAUCUCUAUUACUGGUGAUAAAAAUACACAAAACUCACAAGUUUUAUUAUUAAACAAACUAUAUGAGGGUUUUAAGGAUGAGGUAGUAAAAAUACCUGAUUUAUAUAAAAACAAUAAAGAUGUACUCGAAGCUAUGAACGAUUUGGAUGGUAUAUUUAAAAGGGGUUUAAAUAUUGUUGUUUAA